AUGAGUUGCAUUUACUCUACUGCUGGAGGCUCACGUGAUAAAUCUGAACCGGGUUUGCGAUUCAUUGCAAACUACCAUCUGGCAUUAUCAUUCAGGUUGCAAACAUUGCGCCUAAUGAAAAGGCUUGAGCCAAAUACUAUCGUGGCUUCAUUUCCCAUCGACGACGAAACAGUAACAUUUGGUCGAGAUCCGCAUUGCAGCGUGCGAUUGUAUUAUCCCAAAGUCAGCUCUGUCCAUGCAAAGCUAGUGUUUCAAGAACGAAAGGUACAAACGGUCUCUAUUGACGGAUACCCGAUUUUCCCUUCCGACAACCCAGAUCUACCUACAACAAUACCAGUAUCUAACAACUCUGAAAUAGAGAUACAUAAGAAACGUUUUAUUUUCACCUACCCCCCUAAGGAACUACGUGCCGCCCUUUUUGACAGCCCUGUCAAGGAUGGAUCUACUACUCCCGGAGCCCAAAGACGAGCCCUACGUAUGUCUAUGAUUCAAAGCGCGGAAGUCUUCAGUCCCAAACCCAGCAAGGAUCCCAACGAAAAUCUCAAGAUAUUACAGAGUCCUCUUAAGGCUCGAGGUCGGUCACCCGUCAAGCACCCGUUAUAUUAG